UCACACUGGCUCGACAGAGGCAAUAUGGCUGCCGCAGCCGAUUGGCUUCAAAACAGCGUUCAGAAACAGAUGGGUGAGGUCACGGAUACUGAGUCCAUAUUUUAUACAGUCUAUGGUCAAACCUCAGAUGAAAAAGCAUCACGUCUCCGGAAAAGCUCCGUCAUAUCUCCACAACACCUUCAUCAAGUGUCAGAAUUCAGAUGAAACGGCCUCAGACCACAUAGCCUCAGGCUAAACGGAGUCAGACUAAAAGGAGUCAGACUUAACGGGCCACCGCAGCAAUAAAUACAUGAACAAGUAAAUAAACGAACUAACUUACCAGUGUUUGAACAGUAAUCGACCCUCACUCAUUUUAACCAGUGAUCAAAAUUGUCUAUGCAGAAUGAUUUGUAACUACUGUUGAGUGAUACCUCUGUAGAAUAGAUGAUCUUCGUGGGCGCCUCCGUUCAUGCAGCGGGUCUGCUGCAGCCGUCAGCGGGGACCUUGGCUAACACGGUAACCGUACCAUGACCUGACCAUAGUGCUUCAAGUGAGCCCACCCCAUUCACCUGAGCAGGUAGAGCGUGUAGGAGAGGAGGUGGCGCUGGCAUGCGUUUGGGCAGCAGCUGGAGGUGGCAGUUCUCCCGGGCCAUGAGACUCGCGCUGCGCUGGUGCCGUCCGCUCAGAGGAUGCAGAGGCGGCGGAACCAAACCCUGUUUUAGUGGCAGGUUUAUGGAUCUGUGGAACUACAGCAAGCUGCUGCUCAAGUCCCUUUACUUCAACACCCUCAGUAACUCGGACACUCUGCUGGACUGUGCGUUUGAACCCGUCUACUGGAUUGUGGACAACGUGACCCGCUGGUUUGGAGUGGUUUUUGUCACUCUAGUCAUUCUGCUAACAACCUCAGUUGUGGUCAUCAUCUACCUGUUUGUCUUACCCACGAUCAUCGGCACCUACCCUGUGCACUGGAUCGCCUGGCACCUCUGCUGUGGUCACUGGCUUCUUGUUAUGGUGGUCUUUCAUUACUACAAGGCCACCACCACCUCCCCAGGACACCCACCAAAGGAGAAAACUCAGAUCCCCUCAGUGUCCAUCUGUAAGAAAUGCAUCACUCCAAAACCACCAAGGACGCAUCACUGUAGCAUCUGCAACAUGUGUGUGUUGAAGAUGGACCAUCACUGCCCCUGGUUGAACAACUGUGUGGGUCAUUUCAACCACCGCUACUUCUUCUCCUUCUGCCUCUACAUGACGCUGGGCUGUAUCUACUGCAGCAUCAGCAGCAAGAAUCAGUUUCUGGAGGCUUACAAUGCCAUAGAGAGAUACUAUCAGACCCCACCUCCCACUGAGACCUACCCAGAAACCACUGCUCACAAGAGCAUCAUCUUCCUCUGGGUGCUGACCAGCUCGGUGGCAGUGGCUCUGGGAGGACUCACACUGUGGCAUGUCAUACUCAUCUGCAGAGGAGAGACCAGCGUGGAGCGCCACAUCAAUCGCAAAGAGAUCAGAAGACUGACAGAGAAGGGAAAGGUUUUCAGAAAUCCAUUCCAUCAUGGGACAAUGAACAAUUUGAAAAUACUGUUCGGUGUGGAAAACCGAAGUCACUGGUUCACUCGGGUCCUAUUGCCUUCCAGCCACCUCCCCAGUGGAGAUGGCAUCAUAUGGGACUGCAUCUUCAACAGAAGGGACCCCAUGGCCAUCUGACCCUCACUUUUUACUUAGGACCAUGUAAAACAAGAUGUACAACCUUUCAUCUGCAUUUAAACUACAAGUAAAGGGACUGAUCUUGACUCACUUCUGUGACUAACCAGGCACACAACAAGAAAAGGAGCUUUACUUCAUCUUUCUGUGUGCUGCUACAAACAAUCAACAAUGGGGAAAAACUGUAGUUACACAAAGAAGGAGGUUUGAGUUGGUGUUGGUAUUUUCACUGCUAGGAGUUGGAACCACUUGUGAUUCAUAAUCUUGGCUCACCCAUCAUUCCCCCACUUCAGUCAACUCUGCACAUCAAGUCUCUCUGUAGACUUCAUUACCAGCUGACAUCACCCUGUGACUACAGCACUGUUGACUUCUUACAUUCAUAAAUAAUGCUGCUGGACAGCGCUGUCAUCAAACCCAGACCUCCUCCUUGCACUGGUGAGGACACAAAGACUCAGUGCAAAACCUGGACCAACACUACAGCCUAAUGUGACAACUAAAGACAGAGAUGACGCAGUUGGUGAGAACACCAGCUUUGAAAUGACAACAUCUUAAAGUGCUCUGUGUUGUAUUUCAUCAAACAUCAAACCUGUGAGGGACAGAAAUGAUACUUGAAAUUAAGACUUCUUAGAAAUUCUGCUUUCUUGAUCUUCAGCUAAAGAGGUGAAUAGUUUUCCCACACCCACUCUGAUCUUUACCCAGCUCAGUUUAGGAGACUUUCCUCCAAAUUAGAGUUUGUUGGCUGUUACCUUGAUGUGCAGACUGACACUCUUCUUUGGGAAGUUCUCAUUUCGGUAAAUGUGCGAGAAAUCAUGUCGACACGAUUCAUUCAUCAGAAAUCGACACUGUACGAAUCCCUGUGCCGAGACUCUGUCUGCUGCUUUCAGAGCUCUUUGUUUUGCUUGUAAACAUCGUCUAUGAUGUCUGUGUCUUAUCCGUCUUGUGGUUUGAGGACAUGUCCAAGAGAUUCUUCACACGACGGAGACAAAAGGAACGAGGAGUUCCAAAUAUCUUUUUGUUUAGUCCUUUCAGUGUACGUGAUAAUUUAAAUAAUGGCUUCAAGCUUUACUACUCUGCAUGUUUACAGUUGCAUUAUUUUGCUGCUGUGUUUUGUGGAGGGUGUGCAAACAAUACUGAACAGAACUGCUUUAAACUGAGGUUCUGGUGUUAGGGAGAAUAAAACCAAGAGCUUUACUUUAACGUCCUGAAUAUACGACUUGAACCAUCGCUUACCUGCAACCUUAGCUGAGAAGAACAACAACAACCCUGCGUACCGCUCAGUUUAUCAUCUUUGACGUUUGUUUGCUUUGGCAGUGGUAAGAAAUCAUCGUGUGCCUUGUUUGGUUGUUCUGCCUUUCCACAUGAGGCACUUCAGUGAAGUGAGUCAGGCACUGUGAGGUGUGAUUCAAGAUUUUUAAUCCCCUUUGAUAUUCUCACUCAAACAUAUUCAUCAGGUGACUUAAUACUGAAUGAUUUGGAUCUGUGGUUGCCAUAGAAACAUGACAUACAGCUGUGAUAUCAUUUGUAAUUGAUGGGAGCUGUGCUCCAGUUUUUCAUUUUUGUCUUUUGUAAUAAAACGUGUUUAAUAUUU